AAUGUAUAUGUACAUAUAUACGGUCGCGACUGCCAUUGCAAAGCAACCAUCCCGACUACCAGCAAGUUGAGAGGUGUUUCAUCAAUGGCGGCGUUCUUGGUUUUGUUUGCUGCGAUGUUCGUGUUAGUCCAUGCCGUCCAUGACGUCGGUCAGCAGCAAGGGUUCCUAAGCAUCGACUGCGGCCUGAACGCCAACGACAGCGGCUACACGGAUACGUCCACCGGCAUCGUCUACGUCUCCGACGUUCCGUACGUCGACGGCGGCGAGAACCAGAAAGUGGCCGCCCAGCACCAGCAGGAAACGCCCCGUUACAAUACGCUCCGGAGCUUCCCGUCCGGCGAGCGGAACUGCUACGCGCUCCCCACGGUGGCCGGGGCCAAGUACCUCGCCCGGACGGAGAUAUUCUACGGCAACUACGACGGCCGGAACAUCUCGUCGUCGUCGCAGGUGGAGUACAAGUUCGACCUGUACCUGGGGACCGACUACUGGAACACGCUGAAAGUCGGCACCAAUGUGACGUACGAGGCGGUCUUCGUUGCGUGGGCGAACUGGACGCAUGUGUGCUUGGUGAACACCGGCAACGGCACGCCGUUCGUGUCCGUGGUGGAGCUCAGGCCGCUCGGGGGCGCGCUCUACCCGCCCGUCACGCCCGACCUGUCCAUGGCCAUGUAUGAUCGGAUUAUCAUGGGGGCAGACACGUCAUUUACCCGGUAUCAGCAGGAUCGAUACGAUCGUUUCUGGUAUCCGAUGGAUGAAGCUAGCCCACAGUGGGCAAGCAUGUCAACCAAUUUGACAAUCCAGCCGGCCCCCAACUUCAUGGAGCCCUUGCAUGUUCUCCAGACAGCAAUUGCAGCGGCGGGGAAUGGCACGGUGCUCAUCCCCUGGACAUGGGAAGCGUCGGACUCCUUUAUGGGGUUCGCCUUUAUGGUGUUCCUUCAUUUCGCCGACUUCCAAAGCUCCCAGCUCCGGCAGUUUAACAUAUACUUGAACGGCAACCAGCUAGGGAGCUCGUACAGCCCCUCGUCCCUGGUUGCUUCGUGCGUCUACAACUCCGUCCCAUACAACGCCACCGACGGCAACAAGUACAACAUCACUCUCGUUGCCACCGCCAAGUCCGUGCUGCCCCCGAUGAUCAACGCUCUCGAGAUUUAUUAUCCCAUCCCACGCAACAGUCCGGCGACAUUCUCUACUGACAUUGAUGCCAUCAUGGCUAUCAAAUUCGAGUAUGGUGUGAAGAAAAACUGGACGGGUGAUCCAUGUUAUCCAACCAUAUAUGCUUGGAACGGCGUGAAAUGCAGCAAUACAAGUAACAACACCAUGAGGAUAACAUCAUUAGAUCUCUCCAACAGCAACUUGCAAGGUGCCAUAUCUACAAAUUUUACAUUGCUCACAGCACUCCAGAAUUUGGAUUUGUCUUAUAACAACUUAAGCGGGUCAAUACCUGAUUCGCUACCAAGUUUGUCGUCUCUACGUGUUCUAAAUUUGUCUAGCAACCAUCUGAGUAGCAACUCCCUAUGUGGAAAUUACACUGGAUUACUUAUUUUUAGACAUGAUCCUGAUGAAAGUAUGUGCAACGAAAGGAUAAGUCCAUCAAGAAAAAGAGCACUGGUCUUAGUUACUGCCGUUGUGGUUUGUGUGCUGGUUGUGGCUGGACUUUUUCUUGUAUAUUUCAUCGGGCGAGCAAAAAGAAAGCCUAAUGUUUCUAUAGAUGAUCAAGCAAGAAAUCUACAACUUGAGAAUGCUCCAAGAAGUAGCAAUAGUCAAGGGGAUUACCUGCAAUAUAUUGAGAAUAGGCGGUUCACGUAUAAGGAGCUGGAAAAGUUUACUGAUAAUUUCAAACGGUUCAUAGGACAAGGAGGUUUUGGACUCGUCUAUUAUGGCCGUUUAGAAGAUGGUACCGAGGUUGCUGUCAAGAUGCGUUCUUGGUCAUCAUCACAUGGGCUAGAUGAAUUUUUAGCUGAGGUUCAGAGCUUGACAAAGGUGCAUCACAGGAAUCUAGUUUCUUUGGUUGGUUACUGCUGGGAGAGAGAUCAUUUAGCACUUGUUUACGAGUACAUGUCUCAAGGCAAUCUUUAUGAUCAUCUGAGAGGUAAAAAUGCUGUUGGUGAGACCUUGAAUUGGGGAACACGUGUACAAGUAAUGCUUGAAGCUGCGCAAGGCCUGGAUUAUUUGCACAAAGGAUGCAGCCCGCGGAUAAUUCAUCGGGAUGUGAAGAGCAGCAACAUUCUCUUGGGUCAAAAUCUGCAAGCUAAAAUAGCAGAUUUGGGACUUAGCAAAACAUAUCUUAGCGAUGAUCAGACUCACAUAUCAACCACUGCAGCUGGCACAGCUGGUUACAUAGACCCCGAGCACUACCUCACUGGAAGGCUCACAGAGAGGAGCGACGUGUACAGCUUCGGUGUCGUGCUACUGGAGAUAGUCACCGGUGAGCCUCCGAUAGUGCCAGGCCACGGUCACAUUGUCCAGCGUGUUAAACAGAGUAUCACUACCGGCGACAUCGGCUUGGUCGCCGACCCGCGGCUCGAAGGCGCUUACGACGUUAGCUCCAUGUGGAAGGUGGUUGAUACCGCUAUGAUGUGCACAGCGGUUGACGCUGCUGGAAGGUUGACGAUGUCCGACGUGGUUGCGCAACUCAAGGAUAGCCUGGCGCUGGAGGAAGCUCGCGAGAAUGAAUUUUAGAGUCCCAGCAAACCUGGCGAGUGAUAGCGCGGCUUUGAUACCCGCAUCUGGUCCAUUGGCAAGAUGAAGCUGUGCAUGUACCUACCUGGGUUUAGUUCAUAUUUGAUGGGUCUCUACGACUGUUUUUUUUUAUGAUCUUGUAUUUGUCAUGUGAAGGCACACUAGUGUUUGUUUAUACAUUGUUUUGAACCUGUA